ACCGUCGAUUGUUGUGUGCUGUUGAGCUGUGCACGCGAAAGUGAAAAGUCGGAUAAAACCAUUGUGGCCUUGAGAAGUGAGAGUAAAAGUGCAAUAAAAACACAAAACCCCUUUCAAAAUGGCACCACAAAGGAGCUGUGUGCACAGCCUCCUGUGCUUGCUGCUGCUGCUCCAGCAUAGUCUCAGCAUUAGGAUUGAGGAUAAAUCGAGAAGUUCGAGUAGAACAACCAGUAGCAGAGGAACCUCAACAACCAGCAGCACCACCAGCACAGCGACCCCGCCAGUUUAUCGCGUGUCUCGCCCGGAGCCGAAGCAACCAGUGAAGCGUGUGCCACCGCAUCUGCAGGACGUUCGACCUGGCUAUGUGGAUGACGAUGCUGGCGAUGUGAUACGCAUUAUUGAGCCACCAGCUCACUUUCAAGAGCUGAAGCGCUUGCGUCAGCGUCAAUCACAGCGCAAUGCACCUCAAAAAGCUGUGGUCUGGGAACAGCCACGCAAGCUGAGCACAAAUCGACAGCCGAGACCCAAGUUACAACAGACGCAGCCACAGUCUCAUAUACAACCUCAUGGACAGCCACACUUACAACCUCUUUCACUGUCAAAAUCACAAGCGCACAAUGGUGAUCUGUUGACGCAGGAGGCGCAGUUUGCACCGCAGAUUGUGAACAACCUGCAGUUGCCUAUGGAGAUACUCGCCUCGGUGCGCAAGACUGAACGCAUCUUGCAGCGUCAGCGACAGAAGUUGCCACUUGUGCGACAGCGUCACAUUCAACGACAGUCGCACACCAUGAUUGCACAGAAAUCGCUGGAACAGCAACUCUAUCAACGCGGACAACAGCAGCGUUUACGUGCAGUGUUGAACGAUGAUCACAAGCGCAGCAAACGGGUGAAGCGAGAGGCAAAUCCUGCGGGUUAUGAUGUGGCACAGGGACUGAAGCUGGUGGCGCAUAUUGGGGAGCUGCUGAACAGUGCAUCGCAUUAUCUGCCCGAUGAGUUGAAACCAAAUGAGCUGGCACCCCAGGCAUCGCCAUUGACAGCAGCUUUGGAGUCCAUAGAGUCGCAAAGUUGUGGAAAUUCAACGAAGUGCGACAAUCGACGACGUCGCCAGCGACUGUUCAAGUUGCAGGGGUCGAAGAAGACAGCUGCGAGGGGGCGUAACUUCCGCCAUGAGGCAAGCACAACAACGACAACAGCAACAAAAACAACAACAGCAGAGUCAACAACAACUUCCACUUCAACUACUUUCGCAACUCCGUUGGCCAGUCGUCUGGUAAAUUCACGUAAAUCACCAAAUAACCGCAAUCAACAGCAACAGCAACAGCAACAACAACAACUGCAGCUGCCCGCUUCUCCGCGCAGCGAUGAUACUGUGCUCUACGCGGAUGUUAUGUCGAAUAUUCGUAAUUUGUGGCAGGAGCAUGAUUAUGAUCAUGAUCUUAGUCACAGUCUUGCCCCCCAGUUCGUUGCACCCGAACAGGUGGCCAACAACAGCGACUAUCGUGCGUUGCAAGUCUAUUUGCGUGAGCUGGACGAAAUCUCCAAGCGAUUGCCCACUGUCGCCUCAUUAACGUCGCUGAAUCAUCAGGAGCUUGCACGUUCGACGCCCUCGCCCAGUUGGUAUCUCAUUAACAAUGAGGGCAAGAUCUAUGAGACGCAUUUGGACAGCGAGACGAAGCCAACAGCUGCUUUGUUUCACACAUUUCCCGAUAUGCCCGAAGACAACGAUGCCGUCUUGACGCAGAAUCUGGAAUAAAUAAGUUGUAUCAAAAUAAAACAUAUUUAUUUACUUGCUUAGUAUAAGUCGUAUGAAAUAAAAACAGAGAAAGAGAUUGU